AUGGACAUCGCCUUGGGACUCUCGGUGCCGCCAUGUACACCUCAUGCCAUUUCAGUUUCUCUCCCGACGUGGCGUGACAAUGUAGGGUACGAGGAGGGCGAAAAACGAGUAGUAGAUCGCAUGGUAUCUGGUUACCCCAGGUUUUUCAUCCACUUGAAGAUUAAGCAGCUUGUAGAAAUCUGCGAACAAAAAUAUGCAGUUGGGAACGAACGCUGCAUGCUUUUCCCCACACAGCGCAUCGCGGAGCAGUGUCGAUCUUACAUCCAGCAUCGUUCACAGCUGGUCAAAGCACCAGUGUCCGCACGCCUGGUGCACCUGUGCAUUUGCCCCGAGGAUAAAAAAAAUCUCAACUAUAGGGAAAAUCCCAGCUCAGAUGUUAUUAUUUCCAACUGCGCGGAUCUCCACAUCGUGCUCUUUCCUGCUGAUGCAUUUUCAAUCGCCAAAGAGUUCUGGCAACACACGGGGAUGGGCAUAUCUAGUCGAUUGGCAGAGAGGUGUCUUUCACUGCUUCCGUCUGACGCCACCCAAUCAAAACCCUCUUCACCUGUUGCGAGCCGAUUUUCUGGAAAGGGGCAUAACAGACACUACUCGGUCAACAGCACAGCGUGCAAAUCUCCGCCGCCGACGAAAUCCCAAUUCGCGGUCGCUGCCCUAGCGAUAGAUGGUUUAAGCAACGAUCACGAUGUUUAUCUUGAGGAGCGAUACGGGAGGAACCUCCCUCUCUCAGCAGCGGCGUCUGCGAAGAGGGCUUUACGUCGAAGAAUGGCGGGCGUUCUUAUCCAAGACAAUGCCACUGAGGCACAGGACGAGGUUGUGGCAGGGAAGGAAAACUUGAUGGUGGGGCCUAGCUCGCGAGGGAUCACUGAUGUAUCAGAGGACGAUGUGUAUUUGUUCCCGACAGGGAUGGCGGCUAUUUGGAAUGCCCACAACUACGUUGCCGCUAUCCGACCUCCAGCAAAGAGUAUCUGCUUUGGAUUCCCGUACACUGAUACCCUCAAGAUCUUGCAAAAGUGGGGCCCGGGAUGCCAUUUCUUUGGUACUGGGCUCGAUUCGGACGUCGACGAACUGGAGAGAGUCUUGGAGGAGGAAGUAGCGCGCAAUCCGAUCACCCCUCCGAUACUUGCAUUAGUAACGGAAUUUCCAUCAAAUCCUCUGCUUCGUAGUGCCAACCUUCCCCGAUUGCGUGCCCUCGCGGAUCAAUACGACUUUCUGAUUAUCAUUGACGAGACGAUUGGCAACGUUGUCAACGUUGAAGUGCUUCCCUACGCUGAUAUCGUAGUCAGCAGCCUCUCCAAGAUUUUCAGCGGCGUAGCCAACGUCAUGGGCGGCAGUUUAGUUCUGAAUCCCAGACGCCGCCACUACCAAGCCCUUAAGGCCCACCUCGAUGCCACGUACGAGGAUGUCUAUUUCGAUGAAGACGCCAUUUACAUGGAGCGCAACUCGCGCGAUUUCAAACGUCGAAUCAGAAUUAUUGAUGCCAACACCGAAGCAGUCUGUGACUUUUUGCGCUCACGAUCCCUGGCUGCUGGCGCUACCAAGCCUGCCAUCAAAGAGGUGUUUUACCCGAAAUACAUUACCACGGAGAAUUAUGAGCAUUGUCGCCUAAAACGCGUUGAUCCUGACGAUGGGAAAGUAGGCGGCUAUGGAGGCCUGUUCUCUCUAACGUUUACGUCGGGUGAAGCAUCGGAGGCAUUUUUCGAUUCUCUGCCUUGCUCUAAGGGCCCGAGUUUAGGAACCAACUUUACUCUUGCCUGUCCGUUCACCAUCUUGGCUCACUUUGCAGAGUUAGACUGGGCAGCUCAAUAUGGCGUUGAGGCGGGCCUUGUGCGCAUCAGCGUAGGCAUGGAAGAUAUCGACGAGUUGCUGGUCUCCUUUGAGAAGGCAUUAAAAGCAGCUGAAGCUACCGUGAUUUGA